CAAGCGGUUCCAACCAACAGCUCCGACGCUCGCCGCUAUCGUGUCGAGCAAGAACAGGACAUUGCCGAGGAUUCUACAUUUCCACAGCGUGACCACACUUCUGAACCGUUCAUCACGACGCCUGUUGCCCUUGCGCAUCAUCCUGCUCCUGCUCGUGCAAGAUGCAAGCAGUGUCCAAGCUAAUCUUUGGUCCGACGCAAGAAGAGCGAGUCAAGUCGGUCCAAGCCCAAUUGCGUUCCGAACAAAGAGCGUUGGAUCGAGAAGUGCGACAAAUAGAUGCAGCUUCGUCCAAAGCCAAGAUGGAGGUGAAAAAGUUGGCAAAAAAGGGAGAUACGAAGAAUGCUAGGAUAUUGGCCAGAGAGAUUGUUAGGAGUCGGAAACAGAAGGAUAGAUUGAUCACGAGUAAAGCUCAAUUGAAUAGCAUCAAUAUGCAAUUGGGACAUCAGUUGGCCAUGUACAAAGUGACGGGCAGCAUGCAAAAGAGCACAGAGAUCAUGAAGAUGUCCAAUCAGCUGGUCAAACUUCCCGAAGUGUCCAAAGUGAUGAGGGAGAUGAGCGCAGAAAUGACAAAGGCUGGAAUCAUGGAAGAGAUUUUGGAGGAUACGCUCGACUCUUCCGUGCUAGGCGAGGAAGAUGACCUGGAAGAGGAAGCUACGGGCGAAGUGGACAAGGUGCUGUUCGAGUUGACGGAUGGCAAAUUGGGUCAGGCUGCUGGCACGGAGCAUCUGCCAGAUCUCGUCGCGCCAAAAGCUGCAGAGGUGCACGAGGAUGAGGAAAAGGAACAGGAAAAUUUGGAAAGGAUGCAAGCUGCUCUGGAUGGCCUUUUGAGAGGAUGAGAGGUGAUAGCUGCUACCUGAGCCGCAGCGCCACUAGCCACGUAGUCAAGACUACAUUGCGCACUCGAUCCCGUCACGUCUUCGACUGUCUUCACGACCGCUCACGCUCGGGCGCUGGACCCGAGCGAGCGAGCAGCUGGACCUGUCUAGAGUCCCGCAAGCACCAAG